UUUUAUGCGUUUACAUAGGAAAUGAGUUGGCUUUGGUAUCUAUAGAACCAUCCAGGUCUUCAGUUACAAUUGCUGGGGGGCCUACAAUGUCAAAUGGUCAUUCAACUGGAUAUAGCUCUAAUUUAUAUCAGGGAAAUGCUGUAAGUUCGUCAUUCUCAGAUAUUGAUGAUGGAUAUGAUGUUUACAAGUCAACAAAAGGAGAAAGGGGAGGUUUGGCAGGAUUGCAGAAUCUGGGAAAUACUUGCUUUAUGAACAGUGCCCUGCAAUGUUUAGUUCACACGCCUCCUCUUGUUGAGUAUUUCUUGCAAGAUUACAAAGAUGAGAUCAAUACUGAAAAUCCUUUGGGAAUGCAUGGUGAGCUUGCAAUCGCCUUUGGUGAGCUGUUGAGGAAAUUAUGGUCCUUAGGGCGAACUACAAUUGCACCACGUGUUUGCAAGGGAAAAUUAGCUCGAUUCGCUCCCCAGUUCAGUGGCUAUAACCAGCAUGAUUCUCAAGUUAGUAUUGUAUAUUGAAUAAUAAUCGCAAAGCUUUCAAUACUGAAUACUUCAAUGU